AUGAAGUUCUCGACUUCUGUUACUCUCUUUUCCCUGGCCGCCAUGGCCACUGCCCACCCCCGUGGGUUGUGGUGGGGCACUGAUACCUGCUAUCCCAGCCCCGAGAACAGUGACAAUGACUGUUCCGAGGAGCAGCACACUGGUUUCAACUGGGGUGGCCUCGGCGAGGGUGACUUCAACAACUACGGCGGCAUGGACUUCUCUGGUUUCGCCAUGAAGCACAAGUUCAGCGGCGCCGUGUCUGGUGGCUUCGGAGGCAAAUGCAUUGAGGGUAAGGUUGGCAAGGGAUCCAACUCUGGCCUCCGCUUCAACUCCAACAAGGCUUUCUCCGUCGGUUCUUUGCGUCUGGCUACCUCCAAGAAGGCCGACGUCCACCUCGUCUACGGCAUGCCCGAUGGCUCCUCUUGCAAGCAGGUCGCCUCCUGCUCGCCUGAGGGUACCGAUGUCCGCAACGAGCAGUGCGGUGGUGCCACCUCCGUUCACUUCCAGCUGCCCGAGGACCACGAGGAUGAUGAGUGCGACCUGGGUAUCCACACCAUCGACUUCGACUGUACCCCCGGCACCAAGAACCCCGACCACUCCAACUCCAUCGAGCUCCCCAGCUUCACUGCCACCCCUCCCUCCCAGCAGACCACCGGUGGCUUUGGCCACAGCUCCUCCGUGCCCGUCAUCCCCGGCCACUCCACCACUGACGUUGGCGCCGUCACCAGCCCGGCUCCCAGCACCCCCGUGAGAAUGACCACCUCCACUGUGUAUGCUACCAGUGAGAUCACCAUCACCAGCUGUGCUCCUACCGUGACCAACUGCCCGGCCGACUCGACCAAGGUCGUCACCUCCACCAUCGCCGUGUCCACCACCGUGUGCCCCGUCACUGAGACUGGUGGUGAGAACGGCGGUGUCCCGACCCCGACUGGCGUCUCCCCCGGCGGCGGCUCGACCGGUCCCUCGGGCCCUGCCAUCACCUCUCCUGCCGUGACUGGUCCUUCUCCCACCGAUGACGAGGAUGUCACCACCACCGUCGUCACCUACGAGACCGUCACCACCUGCCCCGUCACCGAGACUGCCACCGAGGGCGGCAAGACCACCACCUCCGUCUACGAGACCGUCUCCACCGUCACGCUGACCUCGACCUCGACCAUCUGCACCAAGUGCACUGCCAGCGCCACCGCUCCCCCGACGGUGCCCACCUCGGUUGGUCCUAUCGGUUCCGGUUCCUCGUCGGCCUUCACCCCGGCUCCCUCGGACUACACCACCACUGUCAUGACCUACGAGACCGUGACCACCUGCCCCGUCACUGAGACUGCCACCGAGGGCGGCAAGACCACCACCCACGUCCGCGAGACCGUGUCGACCGUCACCCAGACCUCGACCGCCACCUACUGCCCCAAGUGUGCCGAGAGCACCCCCGUGGCCCCUCCCACUGGCCCUAACCCCACCGACGUUGCUCCCGUCACUACUCCUGCCGGCCCUGCUGUCACCACCAUCGUGACCUACGAGACCGUGACCACCUGCCCCGUGACCGAGACCGUCACCGACGGUGACAAGACCACCACCCACGUUCGCACCACUGUCUCGACCCUGACCACCAGCUCGGCCAGCGUCAUCACCCCGACUGGUGUUGCCCCCGUCACCACCCCUGCUGGCCCUGCCGUCACUACUGGCCCUGCCGGUCCUGCCAUCACCACUGGCCCUGCCGUCACCACCAUCGUCACCUACGAGACCGUGACCACUUGCCCCGUCACCGAGACUGUGACUGAGGGUGACAAGACCACCACCCACGUUCGCACCACCGUCUCUACCCUGACGACCACCUCCGCCAGCGUCAUCGUCCCCACUGGCGUCGCUCCCACCGGCCAGCCCCCCGUCGCCACCGGAUCGGUGCCUUCCACCCCCGAGACCCCCGAGGAGCCCUCCACUCCUUGCCCCAACGUUGUGCCCAAGUGUAUCAACACCUGGCUCACCAAGAUGCCCAAGUGUGACUCCAACAGCGAGGCUGGCUGCUUCUGCCCUUCGUCCGAGUUCACCGACAAGGUCAUCUCCUGUGUGCAGGCGUGGGGUGCCUCCGACGAUGAGGUCCAGGCCGCUCUGUCCUACUUCACCGGUAUCUGUGCCGCCUACGUGCCCCAGAACCCCGGUAUCGUGACCGCCAUCCCGUCCACCAUCACCCUGGUGCCCUCGGCCGGCGUCCCCAGCACCACUGGCGUCUCCCCCGUCACCCAGGCUCCCAAGCCCACCGGCGGCGUGACCUCCCCUGAGACCACCGCCCCUGCUGCCCCUGCUCCUCCCGUCCCCGUCUCGGCCACCACGAUCACCUACUCCACCUACACCGUGACCGUGCCCCAGGUUGCCUUCAGCACCGCCACCUCCGGCCACCAGACCACCGUCGGCCUGAUCCCCGGACCUGCCCCCACCGGCGUGUCCCCCGGCGGCAACAACGGCGGUGCCGUGACCACCAUCCCCAACCCCUGGGGACCCUCCUCCACCUGGGUGAAGACUCACGCCGGUAGCUCUACCGCCGCGCCUACUCCUUCGUCCACCAUUCCCCUGUCCAACGACGCUGCCUCGGCCAAGGCCGUCAGCUUCUGGUGGGGUGUUGGUAUCGCCGCCAUGAUGGGCAUUGUCUACUAA